AUGUUAAAGAACUACAAAUUCCACGAUGAUCUGGACGAGACUGCCAGCUCAAGCCAAGGACACCAUCACUGGGAGAACUGUCCCCAGCAUCAAGACUUCACCAUGCGUACCAUCCAGACCAUAGAAAACCACAUCCCUGUGCUGAGGGAGAGCGUUGUCAGGACUCCUUUUACAGGGAGAACUGUGUGUCUGUUAAACAUGAAUACAUACAGACACACUCCCAGCCAGACUCCCUGCCACAGCCAGACUCCCUGCCACAGCCAGACUCCCUGCCACAGCCAGACUCCCUGCCACAGCCAGACUCCCUGCCACAGCCAGACUCCCUGCCACAGCCAGACUCCCUGCCACAGCCAGACUCCCUGCCACAGCCAGACUCCCUGCCACAGCCAGACUCCCUGCCACAGCCAGACUCCCUGCCACAGCCAGACUCCCUGCCACAGCCAGACUCCCUGCCACAGCCAGACUCCCUGCCACAGCCAGACUCCCUGCCACAGCCAGACUCCCUGCCACAGCCAGACUCCCUGCCACAGCCAGACUCCCUGCCACAGCCAGACUCCCUGCCACAGCCAGACUCCCUGCCACAGCCAGACUCCCUGCCACAGCCAGACUCCCUGCCACAGCCAGACUCCCUGCCACAGCCAGACUCCCUGCCACAGCCAGACUCCCUGCCACAGCCAGACUCCCUGCCACAGCCAGACUCCCUGCCACAGCCAGACUCCCUGCCACAGCCAGACUCCCUGCCACAGCCAGACUCCCUGCCACAGCCAGACUCCCUGCCACAGCCAGACUCCCUGCCACAGCCAGACUCCCUGCCACAGCCAGACUCCCUGCCACAGCCAGACUCCCAGCCACAGCCAGACUCCCAGCCACAGCCAGACUCCCAGCCACAGCCAGACUCCCAGCCAGACUCCCUGCCACAGCCAGACUCCCAGCCAGACUCCCUGCCACAGCCAGACUCCCCGUCGCAGCCCUUAUAACAGCCACACUCUCCGCUAUAGUCCUUAUAACACCUGCUCUCCCCGCCAGACUCUCUGUCACAGCAACCACCUAGAGCCCCACCAGUACCUCUCCCUAGAGCCCCACCAGUACCCAACUCACCAGUAUCAGCAGCCAUGGUUUUCUCUUCCGCUGGCGAGAAGGCAGCCGGCGGAGACCUCUACUGUUGUUUCUGACGGCUGUUUCUCUUCCUCCAGCUCUGCUAGGCUCAGCACAUUACACAGAGCAACAGAUGGAGAGGAGGAGAGGGAGCCAGGAGAGAGAGAGCAGGGAGGAAGGGGAGAAGGAUGUGGGGAGAGGGAAAGGGAGCCGGGAGAGAGCAAGCAGGUGCACGCGCAUGGAAAGAGACUGCAGGGAGGAGGGGGAGAAGGGAAGCAGCGAGAAAUCGAGCAGGCGCAGGGAGGAGACAGAGAGCAGCGAGAAAUCACGCAGGGAGGAGGGGGAGAAGAGCAGGGAGAAAUCGCACUGGCGCAGGGAGGAGGAGAAGAAGAGCGAGAGCAGGCGUACGUCGUCUUUGCAUCAUCAGCACUGCUCCUCUCAUCAUCGUCACCGGAAAGCAGCAUCACAGCCUCCGCCUCGCAGCAGCUACGCAGACGUAGACGGAGGAGCAGCAGAGAAAAUGGCAGCUGUUUUCAAAGGCAUGUCCUGAGUCUCAGCGCCAGACAGAAGUGGAGGCUGAGAUCCUGCAUCAUGGGGAACCAGGAGGGGAAGCAGAAGAAGGGGGAAGGAUACGGACAGGACGUAGCAGACCAUACCACCGGAGAGUCUCGUCACGCUGAUGGCACAAACAAAGGAUUUCACCACGGCAAGAAAUCCCACGGAAAACAUGGCAAAGGAGGAGGGGGGGAGGAGAAGAAUAAUAAGAAGAAGGAAUCUAAAUCCUCUGUGUUCUCUAUCAGGAAGAGGAAGAAUCUGAAGGGGAAGGGAUCGACGGGGGGAUCCAGGGAGGACGUGUUGUCUUCUCAGAAUGAGCUGGACUCCGCUCACUCUGCUCUCACCAAAACACCAGACCUCUCUCUGUCAGCUGACGAGCUGGGCCAGUCUGACACCGAGGGACUGACAGAGCCUGGUGAUCGGCAUGGUGCUAGGAAUCAUGGUUGUAUCAGGACGGAGAGCCGGCAGCUCACGGGGGAGAGCCGGCAGCCCACGGGGGAGAGCCGGCAGCCCACGGGGGCCACCACGGACACUGCUCCAGACCAGCAGGUGGAGGUUGAACAGAGAAAGAGGAGCAGCUCUGGUUCAGACGCGGACAUCUAUAGCUUUCACUCAGCUGCAGAACAAGAGGACCUGCUAGCUGACAUCCAGCAGGCUAUUAGACUACAGCAGGGGGUGAUUAUCUCCACCGCUGAGCUGAGUGAAGAGCUGGGUUGGGGAGGGUGGAGGAAACAGAGGUCUGACGAAGUUAUAACUACCCCCAGUCCCACUGAACAAACCCCCCCACCGGAGCCUCUCACUGCCCCAGAGGCAGCCCUCGUCACUGGCCGGGAGAACGGCCUGCUUUCUAAACUGUCUUCCUCCCUGGAGGAGGAGGAGGAGGAGGAGAGGGGAGAAACCACUGCUAUAGAUGAACUAAACUGGGAGCCGAGAGGGGCUGAAACAGAACUGGCCCUUUGUGCCUCCUCUUUCUCUGGGACGGAGGAGGAGGCAUUGAGCUGCCAGGAGGUGAACGGUAACACUCAGCCCCUCUCUCAGCCCCCCACAGCCCAGACAAACGGCCAUGUUACCAAGACAACCAGUGCUACCAGCUUCCCAGACCUCACAGCCUCCUUUGAGAGCGCUGUGGAGUCUCCUCUCAGAGAGGAGAAGGAGGUGUUGGAGGAGGUGGAGGAAAUGGAGGAGGAGGAGGAGAAUGAUCUGGACAUGCCUCCCCUGUCAGCCGAGAGCCUUAGUCACAGUGAUGCGACCACGAGCCACGAGGACAUAGACCUGAGCUCUGGCAACGCCUCCGAGGCAGAGGGGAGGGUGGGGGACUGGGUGGGGGCAGGGGUGGGGGCUGCAGUCAGCGUUGAGUCCCUGGAGUGUCUUAGCAGGGGGGAUCUGAGGUGCUCUAAGCCUGCCGACGACCCCCUGAUCACCCAGAGGAGGAAGAGCAGUGUGUCCUUCUCUCCUUGGCCCUCUCAGGAGAGCCCUAGCCUGGCCACGCGCCUCAAGUCCACCCUAACCUCCACCCUUCCAUCCUACAACCACUCCUCCUCAGGCACCGGCCCCACAGUCAAACCCUACCCUCCCAUUUACCCUUCUUACAUCAAGACCACCACCAGGCAGCUCUCUGGCUCCCCAGGCACCUCGCCCUCACAGAGCCCCUUGUUCAGCCGGCGCUGCCACGACCUGGGACACCGCACGGAGAAGUGGAGGGUUAGACGACAGCGCUCCCACAGCAUCGCUGGUCCCCUCAGCUGGUCCGCGGACUGGACCGAGGAGCUGCAGAGGGAGCGCCCAGCCAAGGCAGGAUCAGCAGACUACCUGGAGGGGUACGGAGGGUCGGAGGACAGGCUGAGGGGUGGCAGUCAGCCCCUGUGUGCCACACGGCGAUCCUCCACCGGACAGGUGUCUACCUGCAGCUUCCACGACAUCUUCACCGGUCGUACUCUCCUAGAAAAGCUGUUCCUACAGCAGGAAGAUGCCCAGCCAGAGGAAGCUGAGAAGCUGUGUUCUAGGAUUCUGGCCAUGGGACUGUUACUACCCUUUACUGACUGCUUCAGAGAGACAAUAGAAGGGUCCAACCCACAACUCACUGCGCCAUGCAAGUUCCACCAAGACCAGCUGUACACGUGGGCAGCGGUCAGCCAGCCCCCCCACUCCAUGGAACACUUUGAGGGCCGGGCCCCCCUCCCUGGGCAUCUGAAGACCCUGUGGCCCCCACCCAGACCUGUGGGAGACGAUAGACCAGGCCUCAUGUACACCGAAGAGGAGGGCGAUGAAGAACACCAGGCAGCCAUCCUGGGGCUGAAGAGACAUCAGAGAGAAGAAGUCGGCCAACUUCAGGAGGAGUCAGUGCUGAAAACAGUGAAGCUGAAAGAGGAGCACGUCAACGUGAUCCAGCAGUUAGAACAGACCAUUGAGGACCUGCGGACUAAAAUAGCUGAGCUGGAGGAACAGCACCCCCUGCUGGACAGAGAUAUUAUUACCAUUAAGGAGCCAGAGAGCGGUGUGGAGGGGAGUCUGUACAGGGAGGUCUGUCAUGUAGACCUACAGACUGCGGAAAGGAUGGCGAAGGAGGUCUGUCAUGUAGACCAACAGACUGACUGUUGUCUGGAGUCCAAGUCUGUCCAGACGUCACCUAUGGAGGAAAGCUUUACUUUUAAAGUGCCUAUACCGGACCAGAUGCCACCCUUGUUUGUGAACGAGGAUGGAGGAGAGUCCUCUCUGUCCUCCUCCUGUCCCAUUAAUCUCCCCCCAGAACUGGCCCUGUCCCUACCCAUACCCUUCUCCCCCAAGGCCGCACCAGCGUUUGUCUGUACGUGCCAACAGCAGCAACAGAGGGGCAUUAAACCUCCACCUCCUUUACCUGGUCACUCCAUGGCUCCUCCUCCACCACCUCCUCUACCAGGGGGUGCAAUGCCCCCACCACCUCCUCCACCUCCUCUACCAGGGGGUGCAAUGCCUCCACCUCCUCUACCAGGGGGUGCAAUGCCUCCACCUCCUCUACCAGGGGGUGCAAUGCCUCCACCUCCUCUACCAGGGGGUGCAAUGCCUCCACCUCCUCUACCAGGGGGUGCAAUGCCUCCACCUCCUCUACCAGGGGGUGCAAUGCCUCCACCUCCUCUACCAGGGGGUGCAAUGCCUCCACCUCCUCUACCAGGGGGUGCAAUGCCUCCACCUCCUCUACCAGGGGGUGCAAUGCCUCCACCUCCUCUACCAGGGGGUGCAAUGCCUCCACCUCCUCUACCAGGGGGUGCAAUGCCUCCACCUCCUCUACCAGGGGGUGCAAUGCCUCCACCUCCUCUACCAGGGGCAAUGCCUCCACCUCCUCUACCAGGGGGUGCAAUGCCUCCACCUCCUCUACCAGGGGGUGCAAUGCCUCCACCUCCUCUACCAGGGGGUGCAAUGCCUCCACCUCCUCUACCAGGGGGUGCAAUGCCUCCACCUCCUCUACCAGGGGGUGCAAUGCCUCCACCUCCUCUACCAGGGGGUGCAAUGCCUCCACCUCCUCUACCAGGGGGUGCAAUGCCUCCACCUCCUCUACCAGGGGGUGCAAUGCCUCCACCUCCUCUACCAGGGGGUGCAAUGCCCCCACCUCCUCUACCAGGGGGUGCAAUGCCCCCACCUCCUCUACCAGGGGGUGCAAUGCCCCCACCUCCUCUACCAGGGGGUGCAAUGCCCCCACCACCACCUCCUCUACCAGGGGGUGCAAUGCCCCCACCACCACCUCCCUUACCUGGGAUGAUAGGGAUGGGCCCUCCCCCACCAUGUGCCCUGGGCUCCCUGGUCCCUCCGUUGCCCAUGGGACUGUAUGCUCUAAGCAUGGCGCAGGAGAAACCUCCCCGGAAAGGAGUGGUGGAGCCUCCCAGACCCAUGAAGCCGCUCUACUGGACCAGGAUACAGCUCAACUCGGCUCAACACAAAAACACGUCGCUGGUCUGGGACAAGAUACAGGAGCCUGACGUGAACUUUGAUGAGUUCGUAGAGCUGUUCUCCAAGACUGCUGUGAAAGAGAAGAAGAAACCCCUGUCAGAUACCAUCACCAAGUCUAAAGCCAAACAGGUGGUCAAGUUGCUGAACAACAACCUCUCACUGUGGGGAUUCUGA